CUGCAGCUGCUGUGUCUCUUCGGCGUCUGGGAAGAAAACUUUCACAUUAAGAGUUGCUGAUGCGGAUUUUCUUUCUUUCCCCCUCUCGGCGUUGAUGAGUGCCUGGCUCGUGACAGAAGCGAUUUGGCUCUCGGCUUUGUAGUUCCGAAGAAGUUGGGUCUGUAGAUUUUCCCCUAACUCUCCACUGAUGUGUUGAGCUUCAGAGGGAAUAAUACCUUCACGUAAAGCAUGUUGCCUUCUCAAGGAGUACUCCUGCAUCCCUAUGGCGUGCCUAUGAUUGUUCCUGCAGCCCCCUACUUUCCCGGACUGAUCCAGGGUAAUCAGGAAGCAGCAGCUGCCCCGGACACCAUGGCUCAGCCUUACGCUUCGGCCCAGUUUGCUCCCCCCCAGAACGGCAUCCCCGCGGAAUACACGGCCCCUCAUCCCCACCCCGCACCAGAGUACACGGGCCAGACCACCGUACCGGAGCACACGUUAAACCUGUAUCCUCCCGCCCAGACGCACUCCGAGCAGAGCGCAGCGGACACGAGCGCGCAGACCGUGUCCGGCACUGCCACACAGACAGAUGACGCAGCACCGACGGAUGGCCAGCCCCAGACACAACCUUCUGAAAACUCAGAAAACAAGUCCCAGCCCAAACGGCUGCAUGUCUCCAACAUCCCCUUCCGGUUCCGAGAUCCGGACCUCCGACAAAUGUUUGGCCAAUUUGGUAAAAUCUUAGAUGUUGAAAUUAUUUUUAAUGAGCGAGGCUCAAAGGGAUUUGGUUUCGUAACUUUCGAAAAUAGUGCCGAUGCGGACAGGGCGAGGGAGAAAUUACACGGCACCGUGGUAGAGGGCCGUAAAAUCGAGGUAAAUAAUGCCACAGCACGUGUAAUGACAAAUAAAAAGACUGUCAACCCUUAUACAAAUGGCUGGAAAUUGAAUCCAGUUGUGGGUGCGGUGUACAGCCCCGAAUUCUAUGCAGGUACGGUGCUGUUGUGCCAGGCAAACCAGGAGGGAUCUUCCAUGUACAGUGCCCCCAGUUCACUUGUAUAUACUUCCGCAAUGCCCGGCUUCCCGUAUCCAGCCGCCACCGCCGCGGCCGCCUACCGAGGGGCGCACCUGCGAGGCCGCGGCCGCACCGUGUACAACACCUUCCGGGCCGCCGCGCCCCCGCCCCCGAUCCCGGCCUACGGCGGAGUAGUGUAUCAAGAGCCUGUGUAUGGCAAUAAAUUGCUGCAGGGUGGUUACGCUGCAUACCGCUACGCCCAGCCUACCCCUGCCACUGCCGCUGCCUACAGUGACAGUUACGGACGAGUUUAUGCUGCCGACCCCUACCACCACACACUUGCUCCAGCCCCCACCUACAGCGUUGGUGCCAUGAAUGCUUUUGCACCCCUGACUGAUGCCAAGACUAGGAGCCAUGCUGAUGAUGUGGGUCUCGUUCUUUCUUCAUUGCAGGCUAGUAUAUACCGAGGGGGAUACAACCGCUUUGCUCCAUACUAAAUGACAAAACCAUUAAAACCUUCCAGUGUGGGGAGAAAGGAAGCUUUCCGAGGCCUGGGUGUUGCAAUACAUGCAGUAACGCAUCAUUUUAGCAGCCCUAAAGAUUUUAAAAAAAAAAAAAAAAAAAGAGGGAAAAAAUUACAUUUUUUAUCUUAUACCUCAGAUAUUUUGUUCUGUGUAUUUUAAUAUUGUGGGUCUUUAAUUUCUGAAGGUUCCGUAGUUGGUUGCUGGCUGUAGGAGUUUUUCUGUGGUUGAAAUAGAGAGAUGCUAGCUAUGAAUUAAAACUGGAUUAGGGCCAUAUCCAGAGUGCUAUAUCAUGUAAAUGAAUUAUAUAUGCUGAAUAUCAAGCUACUGGGGUUAUCAGCCGUUUGGGAAGAGUGUAAGUGACUACAGUAGUCAUUUUUUUUUUUUUUUUUUUUUUUUUUUUUUUUUUACUGCAUCUGCAUUAUUUUAUUUUAUGAACGGGGAAGGGUGGGAGGGUCUUAGGGGAUCAGGACUGGGAUUUGGGCUAAAAGGAAAAAAAUAUAUAGUAACUGAUCAAUCUAAAUGACCCACUGCACCAACAAUCAUAUAUCAGCGGUUCUAAGUUGCUCAUUGAGUUCAAGCCAAAGGUUCUGUUAUUAAGGGGGUGCUUCUAAAAGCACUUUUUGCAUCCAAGUUGAAUGAAGCUGUACAAACCCAUCCUUUAAACCAUUCCACCCGGCAGUAUUCAGCUUCUUAACCAGCCGCUAGUUAUUUAGGCAAAAACUGCUAGUUAGGCCAUCAACAAGCAUUCUUUUUAUAUUUCUUCCAGUAUAAUAAAUUAUUGAUAUCAUUGCUGACUUUUAUAUUAUGGGAGGGAAAAAAUAACAUUAAUAAAAAGGUGAUAAAAAGCACUGUUUCUAUUUUUUUCUUUUUUUCCAAAAAAAAGAAAGUAAUAAAAACUUAAAUCCUUUGUACCAGUUAAAAAAAAAUGUAUAAAAUUUACAUCUGUGCAGUGGAGUUGUUAAGUUCUAGAAACAGUCUAUGAAGCUUUAGUUUUAGCCUAGUAAACAACUGUUAGAGACAGAUGUAUAAUUUUUAUGGAAUUACAUGAUAAUCAUAUUCGGAUUUAUAGAAGCAUUUUACAAGUAUUGCAAUCAUUGAGUAGAGAUAAUCAUGGUAUUUUCAUCAGCUUGGUACUUUUUGAAACAUGACCGUGUUGUGUGAGCAACCUGCAAUUUUUCAGUCCGUGAGAUCCUGCCCUCCUACUCUUCCUGGUCCCCAACGAUUAUCUCAAACCAGGAUCUUUAGUUCCGUCUCCAAGGCCCAGGACACUUGUCAGAAGGAAGCAAAAAAAAAAAAACCAAACAGUAGGCCCGCCCUCUUCAUCCCGGAAGAACAAAGUCCCCCCCUGUGAAGCAGGGCCAGAGUGACACAGCCGAAAAAUUGCAGUUUGUCUGUACUUCUGUUUGAACUCUUUCCAUGUUGUCCUGUUUACAAAAGUUAACCUAAGUUGGGGUAUCUGUCACGGGUCUUCCUGUUUUUUGUAUUUAAAUAAAAAACAAAAAAACCAGCGGCAAGCUGCCCGGGUAGUUGGCCGCCAUAGUUCAACCUUCACGUGUUCAGUGCCGGCCCCGUGCAGGCGCGCACUUCAGUAAGUUAUCAACUCACCGCUGUGAACCUGCCAACCCGCUGUAACAACUCUGCUUUCAAACAAAACCAAACAAAACCUUAAAAAAAAAAAAAAAAAAAAGAAAAAAAAAAAAAGAAAAAAGUAAAAAAAAAAAAAAAAAGUGUUUGUGAUCCAGCUUCCUCUCGGUCAUCCUACGUGCAUGCAGUAAGAUUGGUUGGAUAUUAAACCAUCAAUAAAGUUUCACAAGAUUUGAAAACAAAGUUUCUGUAGCUUCGAUAUCUAAGACAGAGUCUCGUUAUCUUGAAAAGAGAGAAGGGGGAGGGGGGGAACCGCUUAAGCAGCCAGAAGCAUGUAACAUAUUCUUUGCGGCAGCCUGAUUGGGGGGGGCGAGGGAGGGGCCACGGGGGUGUUUUAUAGCAUCGCAGAGACAUUCUUAUUCCCCCACCUGGAGAGCAGUGCUAGGACAGUGGGUGCCUGGUGGAUGGGGUUAAAGGAAACUGCUUAUUAAAAUGCUACGGCAUCCUGCCCCAGAGGGGAGAAAGGUGGAAGGAUCAGGGGGCCUCGGGAGUCUGCAAAGCUUUCUCCCGACUGCCUCGGAUGUCAAAAUCCAGAAUUUGCAUUGUAUUUGGAAUCACAAACAUAGAAUUCUUAACUGUGUUGGUUAAAGUAAAAUUAUUUUGCAGUUUUGAUUUCCAUCAAUGAGCUGUACUUUCCCCCAUGACUGUAUGUAGUUUUAAUAAAAUCAUUUAGAACAGUGAGUGCCAAAUGAUGUUACAGAACCUUCUGCCCAGGCACUCUGCCAAGAUGCCAAUAAGUCAUUUUAAAAAUGUAUGUCAGAGAUGUAAACAGACAUUUUGGAUUUUUUUAAACAGUAUUUAUUUGGAAUGUUUUCAUUUAUCUAAAUAACUAUUGCUAUUAUGAAUUAUGGAAAAAAAGAUUAAUAUCAUGUGUGGCAUAUAGUGACUUCUUAACACACACAUCACGCAAUCUGCAAACCCAGAAAAUGUGUAUAUCUGUCUUUAGAAAUUAGUGUUUAUAUCACUUACAGUGGUUUGUGAAUAAAGAAAAACUGGUUUGUAAUAUCAAAAAUAAAAGCUUAGUCUGAAAAGGUA